AAAUCCCCUCCCAGCCUCCGGAAAUUAAACCCGGGUCUAAUCGAACGUGGGACCCGUUGACAGCUCCUCUGCCUUCCGUCGUCCUUCUUUUCUUUCCCUUUUGCGCCUCUCCUGAGUCUUUCUCUCUCUCUCUCUCGGCGGCUUCUUCUUCCGGAGACGAUUCUAGUGAUUCAGUUUUAGCUGUUGAGGUUUCCUGGUAAGGGAUGGGCAAGGCGAAGGGUGGAUCCAUAUUCAUCAGGCUCGUCUCUGCAGCAGGCACUGGGUUCUUCUAUGUCAAGCGAAAGAAUCCACGAAGGAUCACUGAAAAGCUUGAAUUUAGAAAAUAUGAUCCCCGGGUGAACAAGCAUGUUCUGUUUACGGAGGCAAAGAUGAAGUGAUAAACUGAUAAUGUAUCUGCAAGCCCUUUUUCCUUCUAUGGAUUUUUUUUUCAACUUUCUUAACACCAACUUUUGUCCUUGAUUGGUUCUGCUAGGAUUUUUGCUGCUUUGCAGUUAUUUAAAAGUCAGAACCAAAUGACAGUUUCACUUCCUCCCUUUUUUGUUGGCGGGUGGAUUCUAGAAGCUCAUAGAUGUUGCUGAUA